UUGUAGGUCUUGGAAUGGACCCUAGCCUACAGAUUGAUAUUAUCAAAGAAUUGGAUCUUGUCAAUAUGACUAUCGGAGUUACACAGGUCUCUGGACUACAUAACGCCAGCAAAGCGUUUCUCUUUCAAGCUGUAGAUAGAGAAAUCCAUGCAGCAUCCCACACAAAUGAGAAAUUAAUUCAGCUCUUCCGGAACAAAAGCGAAUUCACAUUUUUGACCAACAUACAGCAGCAGGCAUCAACUUCUGGAGUUAUUCUGUCCAUACGAGAGUUUCUUGGGAAGAUUUCUUUAAAACUAAAUUAUGCAGAAAUGAGACUUAGCCAGUUGGAAAACUGUCACUGUGAGAAGACUUGCCAAGUAAAUGGAGUCAUCUACCGAGACAAAGACUCAUGGGUAGAAGAUGAUCACUGCAGAAAUUGCACAUGUAAAAAUGGAGUAGUAGAAUGCCGACGAAUGGCCUGCCCACUAUUGAAUUGCUCUUCUGAUGGUCUUCCAGUCCAUAUAACUGGCCAGUGUUGCAAAGUAUGCAAAUAAUGGAAUUUUAGUAAAAGUAACAGAGACCUGUCCUCCAUUAAACUGUUCAGAAAAAGACUAUGUACUCCCAGAAAAUCAGUGCUGCAGCGUUUGUAAAGGACAUAAUUUCUGUGCACAAGGGCACCGAUGUGGUGAAAAUUCAGAGUGCAGAAACUGGAACACACGAGCUACUUGCGAAUGCAAAAGUGGUUAUGUCUCUGUCCAAGGGGAUUCUGCCUAUUGUGAAGAUGUUGAUGAGUGUGCUGCUAAGAUGCAUUAUUGUCAUGCCAAUACAGUGUGUGUUAAUUUGCCUGGAUCAUAUCGCUGCAACUGUGUCCCAGGAUAUAUCCGGAUUGAUGAUUUUUCAUGUACAGAGCGUGAUGAAUGUGACACUGGACAGCACAACUGUGAUGAGAAUGCAAUCUGUACCAAUACAAUCAGAGGACACCGCUGCACCUGCAAACCUGGAUAUGUGGGGAAUGGAACCAUCUGCCGAGCGUUCUGUGAAGAAGGAUGCAGAUAUGGUGGGACAUGUGUUGCCCCCAAUACAUGCGCCUGUCCUUCUGGAUUCACAGGAAGUCAUUGUGAAAAAGAUAUUGAUGAAUGUGCCUUAAAGACUCACACUUGUUGGAAUGAUUCUGCCUGUGUAAACUUGGCAGGGGGAUUUGAUUGCCUCUGUCCAUCUGGACCUUCCUGUACAGGUGAUUGCCCUCAUGAAGGGGGGCUGAAAAGGAAUGGCCAAGUAUGGACAUUGAAGAAAGACAGAUGUUCUGUUUGCUCCUGCAAGGAUGGCAAGAUCUUCUGUCGAAGGACAGCUUGUGAUUGCGAAAAUCUCAGCGUUGACUUCUUUUGUUGCCCAGAAUGUGAUACCAGAGUGACCAGUCAAUGUUUAGAUCAGAAUGGCCAUAAGCUGUACCGAAGUGGUGACAAUUGGACAUAUAGUUGUCAACAAUGCCGCUGUCUGGAAGGUGAAGUGGAUUGUUGGCCACUUGCGUGUCCAGCCCUGAACUGUGAUUACACAACAAUGUCAGAAGGAGAAUGUUGCCCUCAUUGUGUCAGUGACCCUUGUUUGGCUGAUAAUGGUAUAUAUGACAUGCAAAAAACCUGUCUAGAUGACUAUGGAAUAACACGAUUAAGUGGCUCAGUAUGGACAAUGCUUGGAUCGCCUUGUACUACCUGCAAAUGCAAGAAUGGAAAUGUCUGUUGCUCGGUGGAUUUAGAAUGUCUUCGCAAUAACUGAAGUAUUAAACUGGGACAAUCCUUUUUGUGAGGAAAACUGAUGCAAUUUUCCACUUUCCAAACAAAUGCAGUGUAAGUAAGAGGUGGAAGUUUUGUACAACAGACAAUGAUCAAAGUCUCCGAGGAAGAUAUUUGAGAGUUGCCUUUGGGACCUAUCGCUACACUUGCUAGGCUUCUCUCUACUUUUACAGUAAAAUGCAUAUAAAUCAAUGGUUGUUAAAAGUUUUGAGUGUUGUAAAUUACACCCUUUUUUGUCAAAUCAUUUGCAAAUGCAUUAAAAUUAUUCCAUCAGUAAAAUGCAGUGUAUUGAUUUGUUUAAUUUUGUAGAAAGAUCACAAUGGAAUUUCCUGUUUUAUUUUAGGUUUAGAUCAAAGUUCUACAAAAUAAGGCUGCCUGUGGUUUUGUCUCCUAUUAUUGGCUAUUUACUUCGGAGGUCCCUGUCAGAUGUAUUUAUGAAAAUAUGUAUGUAUGUACAGUCAAAUUGCACAGUACUUAUAUUUCAUAGCUGUCAAACAUUGUAAAACAUUCCAAGGUACAUUGAACUUCUACAGGCUGAAAAUAAUCAAAUCCCAGCCUAUCUUUAUGAAAAUAAAUAAAUAAGGAAUAAUGUCAAAAGUUUAAUGAAGUGGCAAAAAGCACUUUGUUUUGCAGACAAAUGAACUAGCAGCAAAAUUUCAGAGUGGAAGAAGAAAUAGAGCAUUAUAUUGUUUUCAUCAGUAGUAAUCAUGAGCUUCGUGAGAACUCCAGGCCACAUUAAGUUCAGCAAAAUGGUGUAGUUUACAAAUCAAACAAUAAAUAUUGAAUGUAGGUGGAAUUCAUACAAGGUUGUGUAGCAUUCAAUAAAGCAAUCAAAGGGCUUUACAUUUACAAGAUUGUACGUGAAAAGUGAUUUUUUUUUCAUAUUAUUUACACCAAUGUACUUGAGUUUAUAAUCUAUCUCCUGAUUAGUUGUUUUGGUGUAAUAACAUCUACCAUUCUCCAUCACAAACAAUGUAAUGAACAAGUUAUUCAUCUGUUUCCAUGUUACAAGUUGUAAGAAAGAUGUAAAUGUCACUGUAGUUAACUAUAAUUUCAGUAGAUCAUAUUAGGCAGAGUAGUAGCCUCCCGGUUCCAAUUUUCUUUCAGUGUAAUACAUUGACCCCUUGCCUCUAUUAUUCCUCUUCUGACACUCACCCAAAUGUAAUGUAUUAAGUUACUUGUCUGUAAAAUGCUACUUAAAAUCAUGAGCUUGGGCCAAAAUUGUAAUUAAACAUUUGAACUGUGUGUAAAAGUUAAGCUUGAAGGAGAGGUAACUGCUGUGAUUUUGCUAGGCUAAGGCUUUGAUAUUACUAAUACAAGUCCUGUCUCAGCCUAGAACUGAAAGCUGCUGAUAUUCAACUGGUUUCCAUGCACAAUUCUCCUCCUUCUGCAUAGCAUAUACCGUACAAUGUAUGACUGUAUGGGAACUGAAAAGUGAAAUCUCCUGCACAGCCACAAGAAAUGCUGAACCAGAUCUUCAAAUCUGUAAAUGAUGCAAUAUGGCACAUCUAAAAAAAAAAUAGUAAUCACUGGAUAUAAGUGAAAGGAAGCCAAAGGUUCCACUCUCCACAAAGAUUACCUUUGAAAUGGAAGCUUGCCUUACAUUAGCAAAGGGAUGCAGCCAUGGCUGAAAGUGACCAGGCAGGCAAGAGGUGGAGGCAUUUACUGUAAAUGAUGCAAAUAAGUGGCUAGAACAGAGUCUGGAAAAGGGUUGAAAGCUUCUUCCUCCUGACUCAUUGAGGGAACGAAGUCCACAGAUGCAGCGUCUCUUUUUCCCCUUAUUUUUCUAGAACCUCAGGUUCAACAUGCAAAGGCAGAGACUGGCACCCACUUGCAAUACAUGACCCCUCAGACAGGAUGCUUUUGCCUCCUUUCCCUUGAACAGCUGUUAGCAUCUGUAGAAUUUCAUAAAGACAUAAGAAUAUUUUGAAAUCUUAAGCAUUAAUACCUUGUAGGAAUUGUUUUCCUCCCGCAACACACACACACACACACACAGACAUACACGAAGAGAGAGAGAGAUUUUGUUUUUUCCUUCCCUUUCCAGUUGGACAUACCCCUUCUUCAUUCUGUUCAUUUGGUUUGGUUUUUCAUGGUUUCUCCUGGAACGAGAGAAGUUUUAUGGUGUUUUAACUGUGUCUGGUGUCAGUAUCCAUGUAUAAAAGAGAAUAGUUUGUAUAUGCAAAUAAGGGAAGCAAUUAAUUUUACAAAUCAGUGCCUUACUUUUCAGGCAAUUAAUUUUAUUUGGUAGUUACUAAUUCAUAUGAAUUUAAUUUUUUGUCAUCAUCCUGACCUUUUUGGGGAAUGUGGGGUCUGGCCUUUCUGACACACAUUCACACAUGCAAACAUGUCUUUCUCACAGGUUCCACCACAAAACCACGUUCGACUAAAGGGCGCUCGACAAAAUCGCGUAGCUGAUGUCAUCACAGCACGAC